AGUGCUCCUUCUGCAGUCACUUCUACCUCAGCUUGUUCUUCUAUUGAUUCUGUCUCUGCUGGUACUAUGUCUUCUGCUAAUUCUACUUCUAUAGGUGCUAGUUCUUCAGUAACUUCUUCCUCCACAGGUGCUCCUACUUCAGCCUUUUCUUCAUCUGCAGGUGCUCCUUCUGCAGUCACUUCUACUUCUGCUUGCUCUUCUACCAAUUCUGUCUCUGUACUCCUCCGGUAG